GGUUUCUCUCUCGAUCCUUAUCUCGGAGGAUUUCUCAAUCGAAAACUUAAUUAGGAGCUGCCAUGGGUUCCAGAUCUCGUAAUGAUAAUUUCCAGUCCGGCGAUGGCGCUAGUCCUGGGAAAAUAUUCAUUGGAGGAUUGCACAAAGAUACGACUAAUACUGUGUUCAAUAAGCACUUUGGCAAGUACGGGGAGAUUACAGAUUCUGUCAUUAUGCGUGAUCGACAUACUGGACAACCUAGGGGUUUCGGUUUCAUCACCUUUGCUGACCCUUCUGUCGUUGACAAAGUUAUCGAAGAUAAUCAUAUCAUCAAUGGCAAACAGGUUGAGAUCAAAAGGACUAUUCCCAAAGGUGCUGGCGGCAAUCAGUCAAAGGAUUUCAAAACAAAGAAGAUUUUCGUUGGUGGUAUACCCUCCACUGUUACAGAAGAUGAACUUAAGGACUUCUUUGCCAAGUAUGGGAACGUGGUGGAGCACCAGGUUAUCCGAGACCAUGAAACAAACAGGUCCAGAGGUUUUGGUUUUGUAAUUUUUGACAGCGAAGAAGUCGUAGAUGAAUUAUUGUCCAAAGGAAACAUGAUCGAUAUGGCAGACACUCAGGUGGAGAUCAAGAAAGCUGAACCAAAGAAAUCUCUAAACCGUUCACCUCCUUCUUACGGUAGUCAACCUAGAGGUCGUUCUUCUAACGAUAGUUAUGGCGGUUAUGGUGGACCUUACGGAGGUUUUCAUGGAGGUUAUGGUCCUCCAGGUCCCAUUAGGUCACAUGGAGGUCCUCCUAGUAGGUUUGCUGGGGGAUAUGGGUAUGGUCGUGGCGGCCCUGAAUUUGGAGGAGGAUAUGGUAAUUAUGGGGGUGGUAGUUUAGGAGGUUACCGGAAUGAACCACCCCUUGGCUAUUCUAGUCGUUUUGGACCCUAUGGGAGUGGGUUUGGUGGCGAGGGAUAUGGUCGUGGAGGAGGGGAAGGCUAUGGGGCAUAUGGUGGUGGAGGAUAUGGUCGUGGAGGUGGGGAAGGCUAUGGGGGAUAUGAUGGGCCUGGUUACGGUGGUGCAUAUGAAUCUGGUGUCCCAGGUGGCAGUUAUGAAGGAGCAGGUGGUCCAUAUGGGAGGGGUUAUAGUAGCAGUAGUCGAUACCAUCCGUAUGCAAGAUAGGGUCGAGAUUGUGUUAUGUAGACUUUAGAAUAUUUGGGUUUGGAGUUUGUUUCUCACUGGCACAAGAAUGAUUUAGAGUAAGCCUAUUUAUCAUUUGGUAGUCUUGUUAGAUGAUCAAUCACUCGCUUAGCUUAGCUUUGCACAAUCAUACGAAUUAGCUUAAGAAGCUCUGCAAAAUGUGCAUUCAUCUAUUCGUUAGAGCUCAAGUUGAACUUUAUGUGGUCUCUUCUUAUCUCUGUAGAUUUUGUUGUUCCGAACAAAGGUUCGAGGGCAGU